CGCCGUAGCUCCGGCCGGAGCAUCAGGUGGGGCCCAAGACACCCACAGACUAGGCUGCUGCGGCCUCUCCCGGAUCCGACGGGCCGCCCGCAGCUCGUCCACACUCUGGCUGGUGAUCCCAGCACAUUUGCAGGCGCCAGCGGGUGGAGACGGCUUGGUGGGGGAGACCUCUAGGGCACACGCCGUGCCCCACUUCCCUCUCACGGGAAAAGCUUCUCAGCGCGCAGACCCAGGAGACUCCCACCCCGGCUCUGCCCUAGGCUCCCAGGGACACGCAGCGGCCCGCCGGGCCCCGGCCCCGAGCCCCCCGACACUGCCGUCCCGGUUCCCCAACGCGCGGACUACAAGUCCCAGCAGUCCCCGCAGCUGGCACCUCCCGCCUCGCCGCGGAGACCCCCGGCCGUCCAAGCGGCGGGGCUCCGGCUGCGCUCGUGGCCGGGCCGGGCAGGGAGGCCGGUCCCGCGGGCGGGGGCAGGGGCGGCUCCGCGGCUUCUCCCGCCGCCGCCGCCAAGGGGAGUUUCCAGGAAGUGGCCAUAUUGGAUCCAUUCAGCCGCAGCCGCCCGGGCGGAGCGCGUCCCGCAGCCGGCUGGUCCCCGUCGCGGCCCCUGCGCUGGUCCCAGCCCGCCCGCCCGGUGCGGAGCUCGCCAUGGCGGCCACCGACCUGGAGCGCUUCUCGAAUGCAGAGCCAGAGCCCCGGAGCCUCUCCCUGGGCGGCCAUGUGGGUUUUGACAGCCUCCCUGACCAGCUGGUCAGCAAGUCGGUCACUCAGGGCUUCAGCUUCAACAUCCUCUGUGUGGGGGAGACUGGCAUUGGCAAAUCCACACUGAUGAACACGCUCUUCAACACGACCUUCGAGACUGAGGAAGCCAGUCACCACGAGGCAUGCGUGCGCCUGCGGCCCCAGACCUACGACCUCCAGGAGAGCAAUGUGCAGCUCAAGCUGACCAUUGUGGAUGCCGUGGGCUUUGGGGAUCAGAUCAAUAAGGAUGAGAGUUACAGGCCCAUAGUUGACUACAUCGAUGCGCAGUUUGAAAAUUAUCUGCAGGAGGAGCUGAAGAUCCGCCGCUCGCUCUUCGACUACCAUGACACAAGGAUCCACGUUUGCCUCUACUUCAUCACGCCCACGGGGCACUCCCUGAAGUCCCUGGAUCUGGUGACCAUGAAGAAACUAGAUAGCAAGGUGAACAUUAUUCCCAUCAUCGCCAAGGCUGACACCAUCUCUAAGAGCGAGCUCCACAAGUUCAAGAUCAAGAUCAUGGGCGAGCUGGUCAGCAACGGGGUCCAGAUCUACCAGUUUCCCACAGAUGAUGAGGCUGUUGCAGAGAUUAACGCAGUCAUGAAUGCACAUCUGCCCUUCGCCGUAGUGGGCAGCACCGAGGAGGUGAAGGUGGGGAACAAGCUGGUCCGAGCACGGCAGUACCCCUGGGGAGUGGUGCAGGUGGAGAAUGAGAAUCACUGCGACUUUGUGAAGCUGCGGGAAAUGUUAAUCCGGGUGAACAUGGAAGACCUCCGCGAGCAGACCCACAGCCGGCACUACGAGCUCUACCGGCGCUGCAAGUUGGAGGAGAUGGGCUUUCAGGACAGCGAUGGUGACAGCCAGCCCUUCAGCCUACAAGAGACAUAUGAGGCCAAGAGGAAGGAAUUCCUGAGUGAGCUGCAGAGGAAGGAGGAAGAGAUGAGGCAGAUGUUUGUCAACAAAGUGAAGGAGACAGAGCUGGAGCUGAAGGAGAAGGAAAGGGAGCUCCAUGAGAAGUUUGAGCACCUGAAGCGGGUCCACCAGGAGGAGAAGCGCAAGGUGGAGGAAAAACGCCGGGAACUGGAGGAGGAGACCAACGCCUUCAAUCGCCGGAAGGCUGCGGUGGAGGCCCUGCAGUCGCAGGCCUUGCACGCCACCUCGCAGCAGCCCCUGAGGAAGGACAAGGACAAGAAGAAGGUCCGCAGCGCUAAAGGGAGGAAAGCAGCUUCCCACAGGGCCUCUGUGGUUUCUUUUGCGGGGAGGAGCUGCCCCUCAAGUAGAGGCUGGAGUUAUUCCUGCAGAGCGCAGAGAGGAAAGAGAGACUGGAUGGCAGGGAGGCCUUUCCCAGCACCAGGAGUGCAGUCAACGGAGUGGCCAGUUAACGCACGCACAGACUUACAUGUCAAGAGUGGACUUUAGACUUUCAUGUGUUAAGUUGCUUGAGUUACACCUUGUGACCCUUCUCCCAUAACAUGGUGUGAGGACGGACUGGGAGCCGGUACAGACUCCAGUGUUUACAGCCUUGCUUUCCCCUACCUGACCCUGGCCCCAGGCUGCCCCAGGCCUGGUGGACCACCCCUCUCUAUGCAAACACAUAAAAGCCAGGAAUGCUGGAAUCCAAAACUGACGAGGUUUAUUUUUUUCAGAGCCAGUGGCUGGUCUUCCAUUUACAGUGUCACUAUUCCCUGAUGGAGCUGUUAUGUGCCGCUCCAGCGAAGGCCCCAGCCGGGAUGCUAGGCCUAAUUGUUCAGCGUGGAGAUGGCAACUCACGUGGUGCCCUAGGUGCAGCUGCGUGGUCUGGUAUACAUGCUGCAAAAUUCACCCAGUUCCCCUCAUUUUAAUUUUUCUAACCUAGAGCUUAAUUUUAAUAACUUUAAAACACUUCUAAAUAUUUAUUUUGGCACCAGCAUCAAGACAAAUAAUAUCCUCUCCCAUUAUUUUCAUAAGUAACACAGAUUUCCUGAUUUUUAAAAACUAAAAAUACCGCUAAACCUUUCUUAUGUAUAAAGUAUGCCUAUCAUACACAGGGAGAGGUGGGUAAUAAACUUCCUGUAAUGACAGUGUUUGGCAUUUCUUUGUGGAUGGAAUUGGAACAUGAACAAGACCAUGUCCAGCGUUUUUACUGUGAAUGUAAAUGGAACAGCAGCCUAAAGCAAUUGUCUGUGCCCCAGAGGUGCUACCUGUAAACAGGGACCAACUCCGUGUGUGUGUUAAGUGUUUGACUCCAAUUAAGACUCCCAAGCAAAUCCUGCAUAUUCCAAAUGCAAAGAGUACUCAGUGGGAAAAAGGUUGUUACGUCAAAGUCAUUGCUUCUUUCCUGGCUGGGUCACAGGGUGAAGAGAUGAAGGUGUCUAAUGUAUACAGACAAUGAGGGAAAAAUGAGCAGCAAAAGAGCUUUCCCCUUCAGCUGCACUCUAAAGGGGAACAUUUUAAGGAAGUACUAGCAGCUUUGAUUCUUCUAUGCUCCUGUUGGUUUACAAGCCACCGAGAAUGUCAGUGUUGAGAAUAUGGCCUGGUAAAAUGGGAGAUGGAAAAUGACUAUAGACAAAAGGAAGGGUAGUUUUAAUGUUGAAGCACUGUGCUGGGCACUGGAGCUACCCAGAGGAAUGCACAACGCUCCCCUCAAGGAGCUCACAGUCUAGCACACUCCCUAGCUGGAAGCCUCAGGAAGCCGUGCUAAUUUAUUGUGGAGUUGGUAGUUUGCUUUUCAUGCCCCUGUCUUCUUUCUCAUGACCAUUUCCCACUUUCUGCCUGGCUUGCAUUAGUGAUUUCCAGGACCAAGUCCUGGCUUCCUCCUGCCUUCCUGAGAUGAUGUUCUGCUCAGGGAGAGGCGGAGGGGUGAGCUGUGUGCGUCCACUGAGGCACGGCCAGGAAGAGGCAGCGUUUACCUAUGAGGGGCUCCAUGCUCCAGCAGCAGAGCAGGUUCUAGUGACAAUUCUCCAAGUUUUUAUGCUAUGACCGGGGUGGAUCUAAAUUUUGUGGGACUGAAAGCUUGAAUUAUUUAGACAGACUUCUUUAAGAAAAACAAUGUUAAUAUAAAAUUAGGUACAGGGUCUUGGAAGGGGCCCUGAAGAUUACGGUUCAUUAGCUUCACAAUAAGUCCACAUCUGGUUGCAACUGAAAACUGAUGCUUCAGUGAGGGUAUCUAAAAAGGUAAACUGGCAUAUAUCCAUGGCAAGUGUGGGCUGCCAGUGGCUCAUCUCUAGGGUAAUUUUAUGUCUGAAAGUGUAUGCAGUUGGGUCAGAGCAUGAUCUUUAAGAUAGCCUCUCUCAGCUAACAUAUUUCUGAAGAUGAGGCCUGGUGACCCAGCAGGUUCAUUGGAUACAUAAGAAAGAAUUCCUGGUUCAUGGGCCAACCAGGGACUCUGGAGUGUGCAGAUUUGGCUAUUCGUCCAUUGUGGCCUGCGGGUUGCACCCCGGGUAUACUGAAAGGCCAUACUCGUGGCUGGCUGCCUGCCUGUGGGUCUGAGCCUUCCCAGUAUCUUCAGGGACACUUGACAGACUUGCGUUUUCUCAAGUCUGAGCUGCCUCCACAGGUCCCUCUAGCAAGCCUCACUGUACCUCUCCCCCUGCUGUUUGUGUUUGGAAUUUUGUCAUCUUUAGCUGAGACCAAAUUAAACCUUGGUGCAUAAAGUGAGCUUAAAACUUGCCACUGUUUAAUAAGUUAGCUCUCAUAGAAUGUGACCCUGUCUGCAGGGUCUCAUUUACCCUUUUUUUCCUCAUUGUCAUUUGUUGGUGUUAAUAGGGCUGUCUUACAGGAUCAUGUUGGCAUUUACUAUCAUGUCUUUCAUAAACCAUGUUUGUUUGGGGUAGAAGAAUCACUAUAUAAUUUGUUGUCCAAACUGGGACUAUUAAGAGAGAAAGGGGAUGCUAUUAAUUACACCAGAUCAACAGGCAUAAAUCAGACCUGUCCCAGGCCAAUGGGGAUAUAUGGUCUUUCUAGUUGUGGGUAACCUGAUCUAGGUGGUUUGUAAUUGUGCAUACUGACUGCAUAUAUGUUUGUGUAUGUCUAAAUGUGGGCUCCCUGUUAAGUGGGGCUCAUGGAUAUGAGGCCCGCAUGUGGCUUGCUAGUCUGUUAUGUUAACAUGCUUUUCUAAAAUUGCUUCACGUGUUCAUUCAUUUACUCCUGCAUUCAUUGACUGUUUUUGUUCUUUUCCAUUCACUUUGUACUCAUUUUUUUCCAUUAAAUUUUGCAUUUAUUUUGA